CACGCCAGUUUUCUUUAACUCUCCUCACCCUUUGAUUCGCCGGCAAACAUGUAUCCCGGCCGCGGGCGAACCCCUCGCAGUGGCCAGUCCUCCUUUCGUGGAGGAUAUUCCAAUCACAGUCAUAGCCCAGUUGGGGAUUUUGGUGAAAAGUCUCAUCAUACACGGGUCGAUGGAAUGCCGGAAAGCCAAGGGAGACGGAUUCCAAAAAGGUCGCCGAGUGGUUCAAGCUACACUAAGAAUGAGAAUGCCCCUGUUUACGAAUAUAGGCUGAAAUCGUCAUUGCCUGCUGGUACCGGAUUUCAUGGGCAAAAUGAUACUCCUGAAAUCUUGGGCACUCCGGAUGCAGUCCUUAAUGAUGGCUGCCUGUCAUUGUCUCAUCACUCGAGUUCUUUGGACUCAAAGCCGGGAUUACUAAGAGACCAGAUUGAACUUUCAUCAGUUGAGGAGACUGAGAGUUGUGCAGCUCCACUGCACCAUGCUUUCCCCAACAAGAUUAACAUCUCCGACUCAGUACACAAGUCCGAGACACCCAAACUAUCCUAUGAAAGGAGUCCCCAAAAUAGUUCAGGUAUUUAUGAUUCGAGUCAGGCUAAGUGUCAAGCUGUGAUCGAGCCUUUUGACAUUUGCUUGACCAAAAUCGGAACCCCAGUCAUGCUCAAACCAUCUUUGCUUGUAAAGAAUAGAGAAAAGCGGAACGAAAUCAAAAGAUCGACUGAAGGGCAAAUAGGAAAUGUAUUGAGACCUGGGAUGGUGCUUCUAAAGAAAUAUCUGUCUAUACCUGAUCAGGUAAAAAUUGUAAGAGCUUGUCGAUCUCUUGGUUUGGGUUCUGGAGGUUUCUAUCAACCAGGUUACCGUGAUGGAGCGAAGUUGCAUUUGAAAAUGAUGUGCCUUGGUAAAAACUGGGAUCCGGAGACGGGCAAUUACGGAGAUCGUCAAACAAUUGACAGCGUUGUUCCAGCCGGUAUUCCUCGCGAAUUCUAUCAGUUGGUUGAAAAGGCAAUAAAAGAUUCACAUUCCCUCAUACAACAAAAGACUAAGGCUAGCCUUGCGGAAGACAUUCUUCCAUGGAUGUCGCCAAAUAUCUGCAUUGUUAAUUUCUACUCUGCAAGUGGUCGACUGGGACUUCAUCAGGAUAAGGAUGAAAGUCCAGGAAGUCUACGUAAAGGAUUACCUGUGGUAUCUUUUUCUAUUGGAGAUGCAGCAGAAUUUUUAUACGGUGACGAAAGGGAAGUCGACAAGGCGGAAAAGGUUGAACUUGAAUCUGGGGAUGUGCUUGUAUUUGGUGGGAAAUCGAGACACAUCUUUCAUGGCGUGGCUGCAAUUAAGCAAAAAACUGCACCUGGAAGUCUCUUGGAGGAAACAAAUCUUCGUCCAGGUCGUCUAAAUCUGACUUUUAGAGAGUACUAAAAUCCUAGAUACAAUUAAUAAUUCUAGAUA